GCGCCAGCGCCUGUAGUGGUCCGCUGAAGUGCGUUUCAGAGUCUGAACCAUGAAGAACAGAAGAGCUCACUGGGAGUAGUGCGGACGUUGUGCAAUAUGCAAAUAUGACACGUUAUUUGUAUGAAGUUAUAAUGCAGCUGCGCGCGGACCCUGCUGCUGCCGCUGACCUCCAUGAAGUGUUCAAGAUAAAGUCGCACAGGCAGUGAUAACAGAGACCGGACUCAUACAGGACAAACCCGCAGAAUAAGAGUGUGACUGCGAUACUGGAGGAGAGAUGGGGAACGCAGGGAGCAUGAACCAACACACUGACCCCAGAGGACACCACAUGCCCCUCAAACUGCCCAUGCCCGAGCCGGCCGAGCUGGAGGAGAGAUUUGCGCUCGUCCUGAAUUCAAUGAACUUGCCUCCAGACAAAGCAAGAUUACUACGGCAGUAUGACAACGAGAAGAAAUGGGAACUCAUUUGUGACCAGGAGCGAUUCCAGGUGAAGAAUCCUCCUCACACAUACAUCCACAAGGUGCAGAGUUAUCUCGACCCAGCCGUGACCAGGAAGAAGUUCAGGAGGAGAGUGCAGGAGUCGACGCAGGUCCUGCGGGAGCUGGAAAUCUCAUUACGGACCAAUCACAUCGGGUGGGUGCGGGAGUUUCUGAAUGAGGAUAAUAAGGGUUUGGAUGUGUUGGUGGAGUAUCUUUCAUUUGCACAGUAUGCUGUCACGUAUGACGGAGACAGCUCUGAGAACAGCACAGAAAUCUCUGUGGAUAAAUCUAAACCCUGGAAUCGAUCGAUUGAAGAUCUCCAUGGAGGAAACAACCUCUCAUCAGCUGUCACAGGCAACAGCAUCUCCAGAGCCAGCAGACAUUCAACCAUAAGGUCUAACACGUUACCCAGCCGGAGGACACUGAAGAAUUCCAGAUUAGUAUGUAAGAAAGACGACGUUCAUGUGUGCAUCAUGUGCCUACGAGCCAUCAUGAACUACCAGUAUGGCUUCAACAUGGUCAUGUCUCACCCUCAUGCUGUGAAUGAAAUUGCACUAAGUCUGAACAAUAAGAAUCCCAGGACUAAAGCUCUGGUGCUGGAGCUGCUGGCUGCUGUGUGUCUGGUUCGAGGAGGUCACGAGAUCAUCCUCUCCGCCUUUGAUCAUUUUAAAGAGGUGUGUUCAGAAGAUCAGCGGUUUGAGAAACUCAUGGAGCAUUUCAAGAAUGAAGAUAAUAACAUCGACUUCAUGGUUGCAUGCAUGCAGUUCAUAAACAUUGUGGUUCAUUCAGUGGAAGACAUGAAUUUCAGAGUGCACUUACAGUACGACUUCACCAAGCUGGGUCUGGACGAAUAUCUGGACAAACUGAAGCACACCGAGAGUGAUAAGCUGCAUGUGCAGAUUCAGGCGUACCUGGAUAAUGUGUUCGAUGUCGGGGUUCUGUUAGAGGACGCAGAGACCAAGAACGCAGCGCUGGAGAGAGUGGAGGAACUGGAGGAGAACAUGUCUCAUCUGAUAGAGAGGUUGCAGGACACAGAGAAUGAGGCGAUGGCAAAAAUCGUUGAGCUGGAGAAACAACUGAUGCAAAAAAAUAAAGAGCUGGAGUCGAUCCGGGAGGUGUGCAAAGACGCCAGCUCUCAGGUGCACACCCUGCGGCGGAUGGUGAAGGAGAAGGACGAGGCCAUUCAGAAACAGAGCAACCUGGAGAAGAAGAUCCACGAGCUGGAGAAACAGGGAACCAUCAAGAUCCAGAAGAAAGCGGACGGGGACAUUGCCAUCCUGACGUCCCCUCCUGAGGGGAGCGGGCCUCUGCCAGGGUCACAGAGCGUAGCUGGGGUGUCCGGUGAGGGUGCGGCACAUGGCCUGACCAUGCCUGAACCUCCGCCUCCUCCUAUGCCAGAGACAUUACCAAACGGUCCAUCUGCUCCUCCUCCUCCUCCUGCUCCUCCUCCUCCUCUCUCUGCUGUGGAUAUAUCUGCCCCUAUGCCCCCUCCACCGCCCCCCAUGGCUCCUCCACUUCCAGGCUGCGGAUCUCCCACCGUCAUCAUGAACUCAGGACUGGCAGCUGUGAAGAUCAAGAAGCCCAUCAAGACUAAGUUCCGCAUGCCGGUGUUUAACUGGGUGGCGCUGAAGCCCAAUCAGAUCAACGGCACUGUGUUCAACGAGAUCGAUGACGAAAGAAUACUGGAGGAUCUGAAUGUGGAUGAUUUUGAGGAGAUGUUUAAGACGAAAGCACAGGGGCCUGCCGUAGACAUCACCUCCAGCAAACAGAAGACCUCUCAGAAAGGACCAACUAAAGUCUCGCUGCUGGACUCCAACAGAGCCAAAAACCUGGCCAUCACGCUCAGAAAAGUGGGCAAGACAUCAGAGGAGAUCUGCAGAGCCAUUCAAAUGUUUGACCUGCGGACGUUGCCGGUGGAUUUCGUGGAGUGUUUGAUGAGGUUCAUUCCAACGGAAGCGGAGCUGAAAGUUUUCCGGCAGUACGAGAAGGAGCGCAAACCUCUGGAGAACCUGACGGAUGAGGAUCGCUUCAUGGUCCACUUCAGCAAGAUCGAGCGUCUCAUGCAGAAGAUGACCAUCAUGGCGUUCGUGGGCAAUUUCACAGAAAGUGUUCAGAUGUUCACACCCCAACUUCAUGCCGUUAUCGCAGCAUCUGUCUCCAUCAAGUCCUCACAAAAACUCAAGAAGAUUCUGGAAAUCAUCUUGGCUCUGGGAAACUACAUGAACAGCAGUAAAAGAGGAGCGGUGUACGGCUUCAAACUGCAGAGCUUAGACCUGUUAUUAGACACUAAAUCAACAGACCGCAAGAUCACUCUUCUGCACUAUAUCGCAAACGUAGCGAAGGAUAAAUACCAGCAGGUGUCGCUCUUCUAUAAUGAGCUGAACUAUGUGGAGAAAGCUGCAGCAGUCUCGCUGGAGAAUGUCUUAUUAGACGUGAAGGAGCUUCAGAGAGGCAUGGAUCUGACGAGGAGAGAGUACAGCAUGCACGGCCACAACACACUGCUCAGAGAUUUCAUACAGCAACAUGAGAAUAAACUCAAAAAACUUCAGGAUGAUGCCAAGAUCGCUCAGGAUGCCUUUGAUGAAGUGGUGAAAUUCUUUGGAGAGAACUCCAAAACAACACCCCCAUCCGUGUUUUUCCCAGUGUUUGUGCGCUUUGUGAAAGCAUACAGGCAAGCAGAGGAGGAUAAUGAACAGAGGAAAAGACAGGAGCAGAUUAAACCUGACAAAAUCACAGCCCAUUCAGCAUUAAUUGUGCGUGUGUUCAAGUCUCCCUCUCAUAAGAGUAAGCGUCAGCAGCAGGAGCUGAUUGUGGAGCUGAGGAAGAAGCAGGUGAAGGACAGCAGACAUGUGUAUGAGGGUAAAGACGGAGCCAUUGAGGACAUCAUCACAGAUCUGAGAAACCAGCCUUACAGGCGCGCUGACGCCAUCAGGAGGAGCAUUCGAAGACGUUUUGAUGAUCAGAAUUUGCGGCCAAUGAACAAUGCAGAGAUGGUCAUGUGACGAGGGCAGAGUGGAUAUGAUUGGAUGGGCUGGAGGAGGAGCUAAUGAAGGACUGAUGAAGAUGACAGCAGGUCUGAAAGCCAAGUGCCUACAUUUAACAUCUGUCCCAUCAGGUGUUGAAUCAUACAUGUGUUUUAAUCAGUGUCUUCUGUCUGUGAAUUUUUAUAUGACAAACGAUGUCUUGAUCUGUCUUUUAUCUUAUGGUGCUUCAAGUGUAUGGCGAGAUCAGUGUUUUUCAUGAGAAAGUGUCUGAAUGUAAAACUAUUCCAACACUUGAUGUAUCAUGAACCUGUACAACGGUUGCAUUCAUACAUUCCAGUGCUUUCGCCACAGAUCAAAAAAGGAGGCGUGCUUUUUUUCUUUUUUUUUCUUCAAAAUCUACUUAAAGAAGUCCUGUAGUGUCUGUCAGAGCCUGUUUUUAUUGUGGCGUUCACAUGGCAUUCGUGUUAAAAAACAGAUAGAUAAAGCCCAACAGAAUGGAAUACAGGUUGAGAAGCAUUUGAAACGUUUAAAAACUUCUGUAAAAGUUGUAUAACAUGUUAAUGGCUUGAGAGGCUGUAGGGUGUGACAGUGGACAAAGAUAACAAUAAUAACAUUCCUGAUUUGAAGGUAUUUAAAUGUGUUGUUCUCAAGACACACACCUGUGGUCUUGUCCACUUGAGGGCAUGUGUACACAACAGGAAGACUGUCCCAGGUCUGAAAAUGCCAAAGCACCACAAUUAAGUUGUCAUCUGAACAGUCAUUUACAAGUUUGUUUUUAAAGUGCAAA